AUCAACUGAAUAUGGAUCGCCGGCUGAUGAAGUUUUAAGCGGCCGCAGCAGUGACAGCAGCGCAGUUUGCGUCGCAGUGGUGAACUACAAAACCUUUUGGACCGUCUUCCAGAAAAACCAUGUCCGGGUCCAGCAGCAUUCUCAUCAAAGGCGGGAAGGUUGUCAACGAAGACUGCUCUGAGGUCAGCGACGUUUACAUCCGAGAUGGGAAGAUCGUCGAUGUCGGACUGGACCUCCUGGUUCCGGACGGGGUUCGAGUGAUCGAUGCCCGCGGCAAGCUGGUGAUCCCAGGCGGCAUCGACACGCACACGCACAUGGAGCUGGCGUUCAUGGGAACCCGGGCUGUGGACGACUUCCACAUCGGAACCAAAGCUGCUCUCGCUGGUGGGACCACGAUGAUCCUGGACUUUGUGAUCCCUCAAAGGGGGAAAUCCCUCCUGGAGGCCUAUGAGUGCUGGCGGAAAACAGCCGAUUCCAAAGUUUGCUGCGACUACUCGCUGCAUGUCGCCGUCACCUGGUGGAGUGAAGAGGUCAAAAGAGAAAUGGAAAUCCUGGCCUCAAAGAAAGGUGUCAACUCCUUCAAGAUGUUCAUGGCCUACAAAGAUGUGUUCAUGCUGCAGGACUCGGAGCUGUACGCUGCUUUUUCUCAGUGUAAUAAGAUCGGAGCGAUCGCUCAGGUGCACGCUGAGAAUGGAGACCUGAUUGCUGAGGGAGCCAAGAAGAUGCUCUCCAUGGGCAUCACUGGGCCUGAGGGCCAUGAGCAGUGUCGACCAGAGGAGGUGGAGGCUGAGGCCACCCAGCGAGCCAUCACCAUUGCCCACGCUGCCAACUGCCCCCUCUAUGUCGUCCAUGUCAUGAGCAAAUCCUCUGCCAAAGUGGUGUCCAACGCUCGGCGGGAUGGGCAUGUGGUGUUUGGGGAGCCCAUUGCAGCUGGACUGGGCACCGAUGGUACCAACUACUGGCACAAGGACUGGGCUCACGCCGCCUCCUUUGUGAUGGGUCCACCCCUCCGACCAGACCCCAGCACGCCUGGCUAUCUCAUGGACCUGCUGGCCAAUGACGACCUGAGUGUGACUGGAACAGAUAACUGCACCUUUUCAACUUGCCAGAAGGCACUGGGAAAAGACGACUUCACCAAGAUUCCCAACGGCGUGAACGGCGUGGAGGACAGGAUGUCUGUGAUCUGGGAGAAGGGAGUGCACAACGGGAAAAUGGAUGAGAAUCGAUUUGUGGCCGUCACCAGCAGCAACGCAGCGAAAAUCUUUAACUUCUAUCCGCAAAAAGGCAGAAUCGCCAAGAACUCAGAUGCUGAUGUGGUUAUAUGGGACCCCAACAUGACCAGGAAGAUCUCUGCCAAGACCCAUCACCAGGCUGUGGACUACAACAUCUUUGAGGGCAUGGAGUGUCACGGCGUCCCCGUGGUCACCAUCUCCAGAGGGACAGUGGUGUACGAGGACGGACAGCUGAAGACGACGGCCGGUCACGGCAGAUUUAUCCACCGGAACCCCUUCUCUGAAUAUGUGUACAAACGGAUCAAGCAGAGGGAGCAGGUCCGGCAGCCGACUGCUGUGAUCAGGGAACCGUACAAAGGGGAAGUCAUUGCUGUUUGACCUGCAGGACAAUGAAAGACUCUCCAGGUGCAAAUACAAAAGGAGCUGCAACACAAGACUAGUUCUGUUUGGCUGGUUCUCAUCGUGACAACGUCAGCAAGAUGACACAAACCCAUCUCAUGUCACUUUCCUGCUCCAGCUGAUGUUUGUUCACAAGACUGUUGUUUCAGUUAGUCGAAAGAUGACCUCUGUGCUCAGCUAAUAAAGCUUCAGGUCGACUGUCCCUGCUUCCU